AUGUUGGCAGGAAAUGGGAAAUAUAAAGGGGAAUCUGAGGGCUUGAAAGAGCAAUACUUGUUAGAGGCCCUGGGCCAGCACGAUCCCUCAAAAUCACUUAGGAGAAGAACCUACUCUGUUUCUGACUGUAUUCUUGUGAAGCCCUUAGAGAAGUAUGAUAUGCAGCUGCGGUUCCUAGUAACUUUCAAACAUGUGGACUCAUGGCUGGAAUCUGGAAGGGACCAUGUUCUGCCUAUUGACUAUUACUUCCCACCACAGAAGACAUGCUUGAUAUGUGGGGAUGAAGCUUCGGGAUGCCACUAUGGUGCUCUGACCUGUGGAAGCUGCAAAGUCUUCUUCAAAAGGGCAGCUGAAGGUAAACAAAAGUACCUCUGUGCCAGCCGAAAUGACUGCACCAUUGAUAAGUUCCGAAGGAAAAACUGCCCCUCCUGUCGCCUGAGAAAAUGCUACGAAGCAGGGAUGACUCUUGGAGCUCGCAAGCUCAAGAAAUUGGGUAACCUGAAGUUGCAAGAAGAAGGGGAGACAGCGGGACCAUCAAGCCCCACUGAGGAGCAAGCCACAAAAAUGCCCAUAAUACACAUUGAUGGCCUGGAAUGCCAGCCCAUCUUCCUCAAUGUCCUGGAAGCCAUUGAGCCUGGUGUGGUUUGUGCAGGGCAUGACAACAAUCAGCCCGACUCCUUUGGCUCUCUUCUGACCAGUUUGAAUGAACUUGGAGAGAGGCACCUGGUACAUGUGGUGAAAUGGGCAAAAGCCUUGCCAGGGUUCCGUAACCUGCAUGUAGAUGACCAGAUGGCCAUCAUUCAGUACUCCUGGAUGGGUUUGAUGAUUUUUGCCAUGGGAUGGAGAUCCUUCACCAACGUGAACUCCCGGAUGCUUUACUUUGCUCCAGAUUUGGUCUUCAAUGAGUACCGGAUGCACAAAUCCAGAAUGUAUAGCCAAUGCGUCAGGAUGAGGCAUCUCUCUCAAGAAUUUGGAUGGCUUCAGAUUACUCCUCAAGAAUUUCUCUGCAUGAAAGCUCUGCUCCUCUUCAGUAUUAUUCCAGUGGAUGGCCUGAAGAAUCAGAAGUUCUUUGAUGAACUUCGGAUGAACUAUAUCAAGGAGCUUGAUCGUAUCAUUGCUUGCAAAAGGAAGAACCCCACAUCCUGCUCACGUCGCUUCUAUCAGCUCACAAAGCUCCUGGACUCUGUGCAGCCUAUUGCCAGAGAACUGCAUCAGUUUACAUUUGACCUCUUGGUGAAGUCGCACAUGGUGAGUGUCGACUAUCCUGAAAUGAUGGCUGAGAUCAUCUCGGUGCAGGUCCCCAAGAUCCUUUCUGGAAAAGUGAAGCCCAUCUACUUCCACACCCAGUGAGGGCAAGCAGCAGAAGGCCUUCUUUCCUGAGGUCUCUGGACUCCUGCACUGCAGUGCCUUGGAAUACUGUGUCUUCAAAGAUGCACAGUAACCACAAAGAACUCUUUGCUGGGCCCCCUUUCUGGUUUUUGUUUUCUGCUUUUCGCCUGAAUUGCCCUUCAAAUCAAGAGAUCUGUCCGGACGUUCACUGGCUUCAGUGGCUCGUUGUGUGCAUGAACUUCAGUCCUCCCUCUUUCGGUCUUGUGGCUUAGUGCCUGGUGGCACUGGUUUACAUUCUUGUGCUUGUGCAUUCCCCACUGUGGCUUUGGUGGCCCUGCGCAACUAGGAGAAGCAUCAGUUCUAAAAACAUACACAGCUGCUUUUCUGGUGGUUAUCGCUGCUGCUGUUUAUUUCCUAACCAAUGGCAAGCAGGUUAUUAAAUGUUGGGAUAAGGGGAGAAUUUCAUAUAGGGGACUUUGUGUGUGUGUGUGUGUGUGUGUAUCUUGGGUUCUUUUUUUUUUUUAGCAGUUUUUAAAUCAUCUUUCUCAGCUGGGCUACUCAUCUCUCUGAGAAAAGGUCUGAAGUCUGUCGGAAAAUACUAAAUGAGAGAUGUAAACCUGGUACCCCAAAGCAGACAGACAGAAUGUAGUUGAUACAAAUGAUUGUAAGACAAGAAAGGAAAACAAAAGAGCAUUCUGACACAGCUCUGUGGGCAUCUGAUGGACUUUAGUUUCAGACAGGGCUUUAUUUGCGUAUGCAGUAAAGCUCAAGACGCUCCAACUAUGCACAGACAGCCAUCGUGUUCCCAUCACCUGGAACUUCAGCUUAGUGAAGCCACCCCGGUCUGCCAUAAACAGACCUGAGGAGCUGGGCAUUGCCCUGCUGCCAUGGCUAUUGUAGAAAGCCAGUCUCUCUACACACUUUGAAGAUGCUUGCAACAGCCGAUCCCUAAUACAAAGUGCCCAAUUCAUGCAGUGGUUUUUGUGCCCACAAGAGUGGCAUGGAAGGUAAAGAAGGGCUGGAAGUUCUACAACUUUCCCAGUGCCCAGAAAUGAUGGGGGCUGUUUUGCAGCUACUACUUCAUCUUUCUUCUUCUGUGGACCAUGAGCCAGAAGUAAAAACACUUGCCCAGUGAAUGUGAACACAUUCCAGUUCUGAGCUUUUUUAUCUUUUCAUGAACUCUCUCCCUCUUGAGGAUACAACUUUAGUUCUCAGCAGUACCCAUUCCCACCCCAACCCCCGUCUCUGAUAGCCUCAUCUUAGCUCUGCUUUUCAUUGCAUGUCAUUCGUUUAACUUUCUAGAGACUUUCUUGGACUUUCACUGUACAGCAGGGAACACUCUCAGAAAUCAUGCAGAUCAGCAAAGCCUUCAUGGGAAUAUCCAUCACACGUUGUCCUAGCCCACCCCAGGACAAUUUUUUUAAAAUUAACAUUGGUUCCUUGUGCAUUAAAUUGCAGUGCAAGACAAAAACAUAGAUGGAGCCCCUUUUCCCUUCUGCAAUUUCUAUUGAACAGUAGGAGAGGCUGCAUUUUCCAAGAAGAUAAUGGAACCAUCCUCCCAAAAUUAAAGCCCUUUUUUAUGGAAGAAAAGUACACAUAGUACACAACUGUACCAUGAAAUCCCAUGAGGUGGUAUGUAAAGAUUCAAAGAAGCCAUCUUGGUGGAUUAGGUUUUUUUCAGACAGAAAUACACAUGGGGAUUUUUGCUAAAGGGAAAAUUCAAAUCAUGCCCUUGGAUACCACAAGUGAAUGUGUGAAAAGUCCAUCAGUUGUAAUGAGAAUGUUAUCUUGAUUUAUUCUCCUGCUAGGUACCUCUUUUUAGCACAAUGUGACAUCUGCUGAGAAUAACAAAGAGAAAAUGAGGAUCAAACAUUUGGAAAGCUGUAUGGGCGUUGUGAUGCCCUGCUCUGUUCUUGCUGUGAGUUUAAAGCUUGCCCACCUUGGGUCAUUUUGAUCUAACACUUAUGUUCAUUAAUAACCUGGCCAUUUUUGUGUCUUUGAAGGAGCCUGAACACCCCGGGCUUCAGCUAAAGCAAAAACCAAGGUUACACUUCUAGCGAUGCAGAGUUAAAAUGACCAGUGUUCAGUUUCAUCUCCUCAGAAACAGGAAGAGUCAAACAGCACUACAGUGAGUUAGCUGAUGCUUUUGAGUGAUGCUGUUCAUUGCAUUGCUAAAAUAAAUCUAAUAUUUUGGUGGCUUUUUAAUUUUGGGACUGUUCAGGAGCAGUAAUUGGAAGGAACUGUUGACUCGGAAAUACGUUCCUGUUUCCUGCACUGUGGUUCCCUCCCCGCCGCUCCCCCUCUCAUUGCUUACAGCAAUGUUGACAACACUAUGAAUAUGUGGGCUUGCCUGAAUCUUACUCAUGCUACCUCAAGAGAUUUUUAAAGUCACGAUGAAGCUCUUUUUAAAACAAGAAUCUACAUUUUGGAUGCUUGGUUUGAAAACAUCCUCCUCCCACAUACAGCCAACCUGAUGAAUUGCACUCUUAACCAUCCCUCCCUUAAGACUCAAUUUAGGUUUAGGAGCCCCUAUGAAAGGGUAAGAACACCGUCAAAAGUUGUGCAGAAAUGCUGAAAGCAGUUCUGUAGUUGGAUCACCCAAACUGUUCAGAAAAACCCGCCUGUGGUCAGUUAGAAGUACAGUCUGCUGACUCAGGCUUCCUCCAGUGCGUUGUGCUCGUGAUGUGCCUUCCGCAGAGCUGGCUGUGGUGUUCCAGUAUACAUGCGUGUGUUUCUAUGGCUUGGUUCCAAGAUACUCUUCUCCCCACAUUCAAAUCUUCUGAAAACCUUCUUGGCAUUCAAGGGCAACACACAUCCUUCAUGCACAGCUGCUGCAAAUCGGCAGAGCGCUCCUCCUUUGACACCUUCAAGAUCCACGUGCAGUCAAAGCGCCGCCUGGGAUUCCUCUCUGAUCUAUCAUGGCCGCUUCACGUUUUGGAUACCACAGUGAACUUGCCAGUCCUUCAAGUUCCCCAGGAUCACUCAUUUACUGUUGCUGUGACCUGGCACCCAGCAGCUUCUUCGUGAUUUCUCGUCCAUCUCUUUAACGUCAAGCGAUGCCGCCCAAUGACCGCUUGCUUGGCCUCCAGCCCGGGCAGCCAUCUUCCUCUGCGCAUCAGAGCCCGGGAGAAGCUUGAUCUUCUAACCGGUUCUGGAAGAUCCGUUCAAACCUUUUUUAAUGAAUGCCGUGUAAAUAUUGGAGAGUGGAUUAGUGGUGUCUAGGAAUUAAAUAUUUACUUUCUUCAGUUUAUUUGCAGUGGGCUACUGCUGCCGCAGUGGCAGUAAAAGGGAAAGGGGCUUGUGAAGUAUGAAAAGCAUUUACAAAAUCGUAGCCAUCAGUCCAUAUUUUUAGUAUGCAUUUUAUGCAUUAAAAUUAUUAUGCGUUUUUUAAACUGUACUUAUGCUUGAGUACGUUCUAUUCUGCCAUACGAAAAUUCCCUUUUGUGACAUGAGAAGUCAUUUCCAGACCCAAAUCACUCUAAAAAAUGCCCAGGAUUGUAAAUGGCCUGACAAAAGAAGGGAGGGCCUUCAGCCCUGUCUGUCUCAGGUGCCCGGUCAGCAGCUGCGGCCCCCGGCCCCUCACACUUGAUGGUGCCCACAGGGGCAUAUUUGGUCUUGUUCAUUUGCAGUUGGGAAAAAAGAGGGAGAAUUAAUUGAAGUGCCCACUCCCACUGUACAAAGAAGGGUCUUGUGUGCUUGGCUCUAGACAACACCACAAUUCUGAUGACAAUAGCUCUGCAUCACAGAUUUGGGAUUAAUUUUAUUUUUGAUGUGGGAUGUAUGUGCUUAAGAAUCGUAGACUUUCUGUACUUAAAGAUGCCUUAUAUGUAUGUUUUCCUUUUAUUUUUUGGAAAAACAUUUUCCAAUUCUCUCCCUUAGUUAUUACUGGAAUUCUGAGAAUUAUCUUUUGUCUGAAGCGCCUUGUAAAAGCAUAAGCUAUUUCUGUGUUCACUUGCUGCAAUUUUGACCGAAAAAUGUGUUGGUAGUGUUAUUACCAAAGAAUGUUAUUUAAAAUGGAAAAAAAGAGAGAGAUUUAUGCUCUAUUUUGACAAGUCACCCUCUUGCUCUGGGGGCAGAGGGGCCCUUCUCUGCAUCCCAGUAAGCAUUUUCUGCCGUGCUGUGGGGAUGGAAGGCCUGUGGGUUUAUCUGAGAAAGACAUUUGAAAAGCAUUGGAACCUGGUUGUACAAAUGUAUUUACCCGCAUGCCGAACUGAGCAGCCAGUUGUGCUCUAUCCAGAGAGCAUCUUGUGGGUGCAUGGGGAGCACAUUGGUUACAUUAUUUGCACUGGGGGGAGCAGUGUCCUAAUUCUGCUCCCAUUUGAGAACGCUAAAGAUUCUCUACACAUGCAACUCCUCAGAGGGUGGAGGAGAAAUGUUUUACCGGAGAGGGUGUUUUGCAACGCAGCCUCUACCUGAGAUGUGUGCAAGGAUUGGAAGGCUAAAGGUUGUGUGCUACUUCAGGAGCAACCCUUGGAACGUCUGUUUCCCUUCACGCUGCAGCCUUCACCUCUACCUGUGAGGAUACUGCACCUUGAAAGUAAAGCACAGGUGCCUUGAACAGGUGGAGGGAGAAGGGCUGUGGCCGUGGCCAGGAGAGGCCAUUGGCUCUGUCUCUCUUGCUGUCCAGGGCCUUCGGGUUUACCAGAGGGGAUGCAAGGGAGGACAUUCAAGUGUCAGGAAAGAGUCAAGUGCACACCUUUCUGUAUUUUAUGGCUUUCGAUUUUAGCAGAAGUAUUCUGUUUCUCCCUCACCCCUUGCGUUUAAUGGGUAGGAAGCAGAGGGGGCUCAAGGGACCAGACUCCUGUCCUUCUUUGGAGAGCCCGGGGGGGAGGGGGAAUAUUCUUUUUCUUCAAGCAUAGCUGAAGCCAGAAAUAAUUCUGUAAAGAUUGUGGCACUUUUUAAAAAAAUGUUAUAUUUGUUAAUCUGCUUGUGUAUUUUUUUAAAUUAAAUCUUCACAUACAUAGAAUGUUAUUGUUAGAUGAGAUCAUACGAGUGGCUGUGCACUAGAGUUGCGUGCAUAUAGGAGGGAGUUCUCUGUGAAAGAAGGUAGAUGGACUUGUACAGAUUUCUGUGGUCUUAAUGCAGCCAAAUAAGCUUGUGAUACUAUAAAAUAUCACUACCAGCCAAACAGCUGAAAUAUUGCCCUCAGCACAGCCGCCCUCACAGCUUUCCAGCUGUGUUAGGAUUCCAGUACCCAGAACUGCCUCUCAGUGUGGGCAAAGGACCACCCUGAGAUGCAUCAAAGGGCACCAGGUUGAGGAGUGCUUUAGUUGGGAUAUUAAGAAUUCAUUGCAGAAAGAAUGAUGAGAUAAAUAGAUAGAUUAGAUAGACAGAGAUAGAUAGAUAGAUAGAUAGAUAGAUAGAUAGAUAGAUAGAU